UGACGUGAUUCGUCGUGAGUUCGGCGGACAAUCGCUCGUUAACGUGUUAAUCGCUGACGUCGGCAAAUCCUCCAACGAUUUGCUAACGAAUAUUUCAGAAACUUUCGAUAACUUCAACGUAGCAGUGACUCACGCGACCAAGUCGUUGCUCUCGUGGUUUACGAGGACGUUGCCACGGAAGGCAGAAAAUCCCAAGAGGAGUCAGAAGCAUUCAUCGAAAAAAAGAAGGGUUUAUCGACUUUGCAUUACAUCCCUUUCUGUGCUUGGUGACAGUUUUCAUUAAGGAAUUAUUGGUGAAAACGAUGUCGGGCAAGCAGACUACCAUUUCUUUUCCCAUACGGAAGAAAUCUAAUUUUUAUGGUCGCAAGGAGGAAAUCAAGGAGGAUUUCACAAACGCGACGGCAAAGGACACGCCAUCAAGGUACAUCCCAACCGUUAAGAAAAUUGUCACUUUGACCAGCAGUGAGUCUGAGUCCGAUUCUGAUAUUGAGAAUACAAAGGAGAGGCACAAGAUAACGAGGGAAACAAGGAUUGAGAAUACAGGCCAUACGCCAAGGCGACGAAAGUGUGAUGAUUUGAAUGAACACACUCCUAGCCCACCAAAGCAGAGAAGGGAUAAGGAGUCUUCCUUGACGCCGUCUACUCUUCUCAAUAGAUUAAUUCUGUCCCCUAAGAAAGAGGGUAGAUUAGCUCCCAAGCAAUUAUUUGACUCUUGUCUCCUCGAAGAAAAGGAUGAGUUAAUUUUUAAGCCAAUAGGAUUCAACAAAUAUCAGAACGCGCGUAAAUCAUUGCACGGUUCCAUAACGGAUAACUUACCCGGUAGAGAAGAGGAAUUAACUAAAUUGCAGACAUAUCUUCUUGAACAUCUGGAUCAAGAAACAGCGGGCUCUCUGUAUAUUUCUGGCCCUCCGGGCACUGGUAAAACCGCGUGUCUGUUCAAGAUCAUGCAACAGUCGGAUGUAAAAUCGAAAUUCAAGGUGGUCUACAUUAAUUGUACCAGCAUGAAGUCCGCGACUGCCAUUUAUGCUAAAAUAAUUCAGGAACUGUCCAUACCCGGCAUGACAAAGUCGGGAAAGAACAGUAAAGCUAUUAUAGAAAAAUAUUUAGUAUCUAAACACAAGACGCUACUUCUGGUGCUGGAUGAGAUAGAUCAGUUGGAGAGCAAAAAGCAGUCUGUGCUGUAUUCCAUAUUCGAAUGGCCUUCCAAACCGAAUUCCAAGCUGAUUCUCAUCGGGAUCGCCAAUUCCCUGGACCUGACUGACAGAAUAUUACCUAGACUGCAAGCCAGAUGCGAAUUGAAGCCGGUGUUGAUGCACUUUGCCCCAUACUCCAAGCAACAGAUAUUUGACAUAAUAUCUACAAGACUGAAUGAGGCGAAUGCGACCAACGUUUUUACUCCGCCUGCGAUACAAUUCCUCGCGAGUAAGGUAGCUGCGAUUUCUGGGGAUAUCAGGAAAGCCUUGGAUAUCAGCAGGAGAGUGAUCGAACUGGCUUCAUCGCAUCAAGUGGCGCAGGUGCUGCGUCCGACGAAUGAUAACGAUACAAAUAUAGAGCUCUCAAAGAAGGAAACUGAGGCAGUAGAAAAGUCCGUUGACUUGAAGGAAGUGGUAACAGUUCUGAAUGGAGUCUAUGGAGGCAUACAGAAUCUUAGUAACGAACAGGAUACAUUUCCUCUUCAACAAAAGUUGUUAAUUUGCUCUCUAUUACUUAUCCUUAAUAAAGGGAAGAAUAAGGACAUUACUAUCGGAAGAUUGUAUGAGGUGUACAGAAAUGUUUGCAAGAAGCGUAACAUAUCCGCUGUCGAUACUUCCGACUUUGUAAACAUGUGUUCACUGAUAGAGACCAGGGGUAUUUUGCGAGUUGUCGGCAAGAAAGAGGCACGUUUGUGCAAAGUGAACCUGCAGUGGGAUCAAGAGGAGUUGGAUGCAGCUUUGCAGGACAAGCAGAUGAUGGCUGACAUAAUUAAUGACGCAAAUUGUUUGUAGAAUAAUUAGG